AACUCAUUGAUGGACACGUAUCGGGUCCAUGUCACCAAACAAUUUGUAAUAUCUGAAUUCCCACUGUAUUUAGUAUAAUUUGUGUACUGCUAACGUAGGGAAUUAUACUGUGUGUAUGCUUCAAGUGCUACAAUAAGAUACAGUUGAACUUUUAAGUAAAUACAGAUAAGAAUUUCCACAGCAUCAUGGCGGGAGUGGAACAGCCGUGCUACACCCUCAUCAACUUCCCCACGGACUCCGAACCCUACAAUGAGAUGCAGCUCAAACUGGACCUUGAGAAAGGCGACACAAAGAAGAAGAUUGAAGCCCUAAAGAAAGUGAUUGGCAUCAUCCUCUCCGGCGAGAAGAUCCCAGGCCUCCUCAUGGUGAUCAUCCGCUUCGUGCUGCCGCUACAAGAUCACAUGAUUAAGAAGUUGCUGCUCAUCUUCUGGGAGAUUGUGCCCAAGACGAGCCCUGACGGCAAGCUGCUGCAGGAGAUGAUCCUGGUGUGUGACGCGUACAGGAAGGACCUCCAGCACCCGAACGAGUUCAUCCGCGGCUCCACGCUCCGGUUCCUCUGCAAGCUGAAGGAGCCCGAACUGCUGGAGCCCCUGCUGCCCGCCAUCCGGGCCUGCCUUGAACACCGCCACUCCUACGUGCGCCGCAACGCCGUGCUGGCCAUCUUCACUAUAUACAGAAACUUCGACUUCCUGAUCCCCGACGCGCCCGAGCUGAUCGCCAACUUCCUGGAGGGCGAGCAGGACAUGUCGUGCAAGAGGAACGCCUUCCUCAUGCUGCUGCACGCCGAGCAGGAGCGGGCGCUGGCGUACCUGGCCGCCCGGCUGGACUCGGUGCACGGGUUCGGCGACAUCCUGCAGCUGGUGAUCGUGGAGCUCAUCUACAAGGUGUGCCACGCGAACCCCUCGGAGCGCGCGCGCUUCAUCCGCACCGUGUACGGGCUGCUGAACGCGGCGAGCGCCGCCGUGCGCUACGAGGCCGCGGGCACGCUCGUCACCCUGUCCGCCGCUCCUGCCGCCGUCACUGCGGCGGCGGCGUGCUACAUCGACCUGAUCGUGAAGGAGAGCGACAACAACGUGAAGCUGAUCGUGCUGGGGCGGCUCUCCGCGCUGCGCAAGGAGGGCGGGGAGGCGGCCGCCAGGGCGCUGCCCGACCUGGCCAUGGACGUGCUCAGGGUGCUCGCCUCCUCGGACCUGGACGUCAGGAAACACACGCUGACUUUGGCAUUGGACCUGGUGAGCUCCCGCCACGCCGAGGAGCUAGUACAAGUGCUGCGCAAGGAAGCCGCGCGAGCAGGCAGCGCCGAUCACGACGAUGCGGCCAAAUACAGGCAGCUGCUGGUGCGCGCCAUGCAUAAGGCCGCUCUCAAGUUCCCGGAGGUGGCGGGCAGCGUGGCGCCGGCGCUGCUGGAGAUGGUGGGCGAGGGCGGCGAGGCGGCGGCGGCCGACGUGCUGGCGUUCGUGCGCGAGGCGCUGGCGGCCUUCCCCGACCUGCGGCCCCAGCUCUACCAGAAACUGCUGGAAGCGGUACCCCAGAUCAAAGUGGGCAAGAUCGCACGCUCGGCGCUGUGGCUGCUGGCCGAGUUCGCCGACACGCCGGAGCGCGCCGAGGCCACGCUGGACGUGCUGGCCGCCGCCAUACCGCUGCCCACCACCACUGAAGAAGAUAAGGAGGAGAGCGAGAAAGCGGCGCCCAAAGUGGACACGUCGGCGCCGCGACAACUCGUCACCAGCGACGGGACCUACGCUUCGCAGUCCGCCUUCAAUCUACCCGCCGCGGACGCCUCGUCCUGUAGCGCGGGCGCGGGCGCCGGGCUGGCGCACGCGCUGCGGGGCGCGGAGAGCUUCACGGCCGCGUGCGCCUGCUCCGCGCUCGCCAAGCUCGCGCUCAAGCUCGACAAGCGCGGCGCCACCAGGGCCCUGCAUCUCACUGCAGCCCUAUUGGCCCACCACAAGAAGAACGCGUCGUCCAGCACCGGGCUCACGGCCGACGACCUGGAGCACGCGGCGCUGUGCCUGCGAGCGGCCGCGGCCAGACCCGCCGUCGUGCAGGACGCGCUCGCCCGCCGCGCCAGGAGCGCGCUCACCGCGCUGCUGCAGGAGCGAGCGAGCGCCAGAGACAACAAGGAGGAGGAGGAGACAGGGGAGGCGGAGACGGUGCCGGUGGAGGCGGGCAUCACGUUCGCGGCGCUGGCCGGCGCCGGCGCCGCGUCCGCGCACCACGACAUGUUCGAGCUGUCGCUGUCCAAGGCUGUCGAAGGUCGCACUCCAGCGCACGAGGAGAAGGGCAAGCUGUCGAAGGUGACGCAGCUGACCGGGUUCUCGGACCCCGUGUACGCGGAGUGCAUAGUGGCCGUCAACCAGUACGACAUCGUGCUCGACGUGCUCGUUGUCAACCAGACCGACGACACCCUCCAGAACUGCACCGUAGAGCUGGCCACCCUCGGUGACUUGCGUCUCGUGGAGCGACCCGCGGCAGUCGUGCUAGCGCCGCGCGACUUUGCCACCAUUAAGGCACAUGUUAAAGUGGCUUCCACGGAAAACGGCAUCAUAUUCGGCAAUAUAGUGUACGAAGUGACGGGCGCGUCCAUGGACCGCGGGGUGGUGGUGCUGAACGACAUCCACAUCGACAUCGUGGACUACAUCCAGCCCGCCUCCUGCUCCGACGCCGACUUCCGCCAGAUGUGGGCCGAGUUCGAGUGGGAGAACAAGGUGUCGGUGAACACGAACAUCACGGACCUGCGCGAGUACCUGCAGCACCUGCUCGCCUCCACCAACAUGAAGUGCCUCACGCCCGACAAGGCGCUAUCAGGGCAGUGUGGGUUCAUGGCGGCCAACAUGUACGCGCGCUCCAUCUUCGGCGAGGACGCGCUCGCCAACCUGAGUGUGGAGCAGCCCUUAAACCGGCAAGGGCCCGUGGCGGGACACGUGCGGAUCCGCGCCAAGAGCCAGGGCAUGGCUCUCAGCCUCGGCGACAAGAUCAACCAGAUGCACAAGACGCCGCCGCAGAAGACGUCGCCCACCGCACCCACAAUACCCGCUGCUUAGAUUAUUUACAUGUAUUAAUUACUAUUACUUAUUCUGAAAUAAAUAUUAUCGUUUAGUCGA